CAAUCUCGCAGAAUCGCUCGGUUAACCAGUGCGCUGGCGAGACGCGCUCAGAUAUACUGAGCGAGCUCGGAGAAGCAGUCUCAGAUCCUGACGGUGCAGCAGCCCACAGCCUCAGUUAGGGAGUCCCAGCCGCUUUCAAUGGAGGAGAAGCCCGGCCAGCCACAGCCUCAGCACCAUCACAGCCACCACCAUCCACACCAUCACCCUCAGCAGCCGCAGCAGCAGUCGCACCAUCACCACCAUUAUUAUUUCUACAACCAUACCCACAACCACCACCACCAUCAUCAUCACCAGCAGCCUCACCAAUAUCUGCAGCAUGGAGCCGAAGGCAGCCCCAAGGCCCAGCCAAAGCCGCUGAAACAUGAGCAGAAACACACCCUCCAGCAGCACCAGGAAACGCCGAAGAAGAAAACAGGCUAUGGUGAAAUAAACGGUAAUGCUGGAGAAAGAGAAAUAUCUUUAAAGAACUUGGGUUCUGAUGAAGCUACCAACCCUAUUUCCAGGGUCCUUAAUGGCAACCAGCAAGUUGUUGAUACUAGUCUGAAGCAGACUGUGAAAACUGGCACCUUUGGGAAGACAGGAAUUAAAACUAAGAAUUUCAUUCAGAAAAACAGUAUGGACAAAAAGAAUGGAAAGUCUUACGAAAAUAAAUCUGGAGAAAACCAGUCUGUAGAUAAGACCGAUACUGUAGCAAUUCCAAAUGGUGUUGUAACAAAUAAUUCAGCCUAUAUUACUAAUGGUUAUGUGGGCAAAGGCGCAGAUAAUGAUGGUAGUGGAUCAGAAAGUGGAUAUACCACUCCUAAAAAAAGGAAAGCUAGGCGCAAUAGUGCUAAGGGUUGUGAAAACCUUAAUUUAGUCCAGGACAAAAUAAUGCAACCAGAGACUAGUGCCCCACCCUUAAAACAGGGACUUGAAACUUUCAAGCCUGACUAUAGUGAACAAAAGGGAAAUCGAGUAGAUGGUUCAAAGCCCAUUUGGAAGUAUGAAACUGGACCUGGAGGAACGACUCGAGGAAAACCUGCUAUGGGUGAUAUGCUUCGUAAAAGCUCAGAUAUUAAAUCUGGUGUGAACAAGAAGUUUGAUGAUCGGCCCAAAGGAAAGCAUUCCUCGGCUGUUGCCUCCAAAGAGGACUCAUGGACCCUAUUUAAACCACCUCCAGUUUUUCCAGUGGACAAUAGCAGUGCUAAAAUAGUUCCUAAAAUAAGUUAUGCAAGCAAAGUUAAGGAAAACCUCAACAAAACUGUACAGAACUCUUCUGUGUCACCAUCUUCAUCUUCAUCCUCUUCAUCAUCUACUGGGGAAACUCAGACCCAGUCUUCAAGUCGAUUAUCCCAGGUCCCUAUGUCAGCGCUGAAAUCUGUUACUUCUGCCAGUUUUUCUAAUGGGCCUGUUUUAGCAGGGACUGAUGCAAGCGUGUAUCCUCCAGGGGGUCAGCCACUGCUAACGACUGCUGCUAAUACGCUAACACCCAUCUCUUCUGGAACUGAUUCAGUUCUACAGGACAUGAGUCUAACUUCAGCAGCUGUUGAACAAAUUAAAUCUAGCCUUUUUAUCUACCCUUCAAAUAUGCAAAGUGUGCUGUUGAGUACAGCACAAGUGGAUCUGCCCUCCCAGACAGAUCAGCAAAACCUGGGGGAUAUUUUCCAGAAUCAGUGGGGUUUAUCGUUUAUAAAUGAGCCCAGUGCUGGCCCUGAGACUGUUAUUGGGAAGUCAUCAGAUCAUAAAGCGAUGGAGGUGACAUUUCAAGGAGAAUAUCCUGCCACUUUGGUUUCACAGGGUGCUGAAAUAAUCCCCUCAGGAACUGAGCAUCCUGUGUUUCCCAAGGCUUAUGAGUUGGAGAAACGGACUAGUCCUCAAGUUCUGGGUAGCAUUCUAAAACCUGGGACUACUAGUGAGAGUGGAGCCUUAUCCUUGGAACCCAGUCAUAUAGGUGACCUGCAAAAAGCAGACACCAAUAGUCAAGGUGCUUUAGUGUUUCUCUCAAAGGACUAUGAAAUAGAAAGUCAAAAUCCUCUGGCAUCUCCUACGAACACUUUGUUAGGCUCCGCCAAAGAACAGAGAUACCAGAGAGGCCUAGAAAGGAAUGAUAGCUGGGGUUCUUUUGACCCGAGGGCUGCUAUUGUAUAUCACACUAAAGAAAUGGAAUCUAUUUGGAAUUUGCAGAAGCAAGAUCCCAAAAGGAUAAUCACUUACAAUGAAGCCAUGGAUAGUCCAGAUCAAUGAAGGACCAGACUGUCUAUUCGUAACUUUUCUGCAGCAUUAGAGCCACCGUUCAUGAGGGAUACAAGGCUUUUAUGCUCCUAGAUCUUCAAUGCAGCAGAGGAACCAUAAGUAGAAUCACAGGAUAAUAUAUACAAAUAUAUAUAUAUACAUAUAUAUAUAUAUAUAUAUAGUUAUUUAAAAAAAGGCAACUGAAAGUAAUUAGACUUCUUAAGGAAUCAAAUUUAUUUCAAGAGACUACACAUGGUUAUUUAAUCUCCGGUACUGAAUAGUUUUUUGUUUUUGUUUUUUCUUUUGUUAGUUUUUGUUUUUAAGUGUGAAUGCAAGUGAUUAAUGAAUACAGACUUAACAAGUGUGGUUCUAAAGUUCCUGCUGUCAUCACCUUGGGCAACAAAUGACCCAGUGAAAGAGGCAAAUCCACUUAAAAGAUCUCUGUAUCUUGUUCUGUGACUAAAGUGAUACACUAAUCACGGGGAACCCAGAAUGAUUCAGCAUUUUCCCCUACUCCCUUGAUAUUUUGGUUUUACUUUAAGCCCUGCGAGAAUGCUGGAUAAAUGCCUUGAAGUUUGCAGGGGUGUAUUUUUUAGCGAAUAUGAUUUGCAUGUCUUGCCAGGAGUUAAGCAGCCUCUUUGGGUUGUUGGGAAAAUACUUUCUUUCCUUUUAUGUUUUGUGGGGUGGGAAUAGGGGAGGGCCUUGAAGUUCUACAAUUCUGGAAUAGCUGGUGGGUACAUAGUUAACUUGCUUUGGUUACAUGUUGGACUUACAACAACCGAAGAAUCCAUGAAUAUUAAAGAAAAGUUGCAGAACAAGCAAUCGACUUAGAUAUGGAAUAAAAUUCUUGUGCCCAUAUUUUAAUGUAAUUGUAUAACUGGGAGCAAAAAUAUAUUCUGCUUUUCAACUGUAGGUGCUCCAGACUUGCUCUCUGUCACUAACACUAAAUGUGCAGUUUUUCUCAUUUUUCAUCAAACAUCAGAGAAAUGUAUGUACCUUUCUGUAAAUCUCUUUAAUUUCUCAGCAAAAUCUAAAAGGGGAAGGAAAAAGCCCAUAAGAAUUAAAACAUGUUUUUAGCCAGUGAGACGUUAAUGAACCCUGUUAAUAGGAGGUGUGUUUUCAUGCAAAUUAUACUUCUGAGCUUACUAGCUUCUAAUUAUAUCUUAAUAAAUAUAUUUUAUUACUAGAGAAAAAUGGAUUUUUAGGGAAAAUAAUGUGAAAUUCUGGAAAUUUUGUUUUGGGCAGAGAAGAGCAUUAGCCCUGUCUUAUCACAUUGCCAUCCUGUUGCACUGCAACUUGUGUAUAGCAUGCUAAAAUAAACUUUUUGUGUGUGUGAAGAAACUAAGGGUCCAAUUUAAGGGUGAUGUUAGCGGCAUAAUAACAAGUUCUCUGGCCUGACAUAGCAUCACACACAACACACACAUACACAGAAAUUAGUAUAUCCAUGUAUGUCAAAUACAGGUUGAGAUAGCAGGGCAUUUAUAUAGUCAUAGUCUUAUAAAAGUAGACUGGAUCUCCUGGGGGUAUUUGGGGAGAGAAGUAACUACCAAAUUUGCUCUACCCCUUUGCUUAAGAAAUGUCCAGUUUUGAGCGACUGUAGUGUGGAUGGGUUUUCUUGUUCUGUUGACCGAGACUUAACAAGUAGUUCAUGAAAGAAGUUGUUGGGCUCAGUGUUAGAGUAGAGCAAAUAUCUUUUUAGUCUGGAUUUCUGCCCUGCUUAGAUUUUUUAAAAGUGUAAGCAUGGAUUGCCAAUUCCACUUGAUGUAAACAAAACUUUUUAUACAUUAUAUAUAUAUGUGUAUGUAUGUGUGUGUGUGUAUAUAUAUACACACACACAUACAUACACAUAUAUAUAUAAAAUAACUUAUUGUAUGAGUCCAGGUUCAGAAACUUGUGGUAGGCCAGUUCCAGAUAGUUUAUUUCACCUGUAAACUGUAUCACUUUUACUGAUAAUUGUAAUUUUCAAAUGUAUAAUAUGUUUACAGAUGUGCCCUGCAUUUAGUCUGCCUUGUUCCUAUUUUGAUUUUUGUUGAGUCUCCUGCUUGCUUGCCAAAAGCUAGGAUGCUUCAGGCCCAUGUACAAUUGAAAGCAGAGGCAUCCUUGAGCUUUAAAGCAUUGAACAAACUGGAAAAUGCAACAUACCACAUACUGAAGUGAAAAAGUCUGUGUUUUUGUGUUUUUUUUUUUUAAUAAAAUUUUUCAAAAACGUUUUAAAAAAAAAGUUGAUUCAAGGGGUAAAAAAGGCUCCAGUUUGUUUUAUAUUUGGUACCGGGGAUCGAACUUGGACCUUGCGCUUGCGAGGCAGGUGCCAGAACCACUGAGCUAAAUCCCCAGCCCUGGCUCCAGUUUGUUUUACAGGUUUUAAAGUUCUGCUGUGUGUUCAAUUGCCUUGUGUAACCACUUGUCGCCUUAGGGCCAGAUCCCCACCCCAUUCCCCCUUUUUAAAUGUCCAUUUUGCUUGCCUGAAAUUUUAAAUUUCUUCUGUCUAACAACUCACAAGAAACUUCUGGAUUUGUGACAUACAGAGGUCGAACAAGCAUAUAUUUAAAAAAAAACAAUCCCCAUCUGAAUUGGGCUUAUUUUAGAAGUAACAAUUUAUACCUUUCAAAAGCCUUUUUUUCAUUUUCUUAUUUUCCCCUCCAUAUCCCUCAGGCCUCUGUUCAGAGAAGGUAAAAAGAAUGUAUCCCUUCUCUGUUUGUCCAAAGGUUUUUUGAGAGUCUUCUAAAUGAAACAAUGCAACAUUUCACUUUGAUUUCUCCACUGAAAUUUUCUUGAUUAUAUGGUUAGAGGUAUAUAGUAGUUAGGAAUGUCUUUUAGACUUUCUGGGAACCCUAGUGCCCCAUCAUAUUUUAACUGUCAGUAUUUUGGGGGCAUUGGGUUAAUGGACUUAACUGCCUAGGUACAAGCAGGACUUUGGGACAAAUCUCCUUUGUGCUGUUUGGUUAUACUUAAUUGACUCUCCUUGUCGCAGUCUUUCUCCUUAGGUCCUCACACAAUUCCUUACAGAGCACUUAUUAAAAAAAUAUUAAGAGUUGACCUGUUUUCUGAUUAUUUUUGUGUAAGCUUCUAAACAAACUUCAGCUGUGAUUAAUUUAACACAUUUAAAUAACAAUGUGUUAUUGUUCAGUAUAAGUUUUUCUUCAACUCAGAGUAUUAGUACUGUAGCAUAAACCAAAUACAGUCUAGAGGGGAUUUUUAACAUCCCUCCAUUAAAAAGACUGAAAAGGGGGUGUGUGGGUGUAUGUGUGUGUGUACUGGAUGUUUGGGAAAGAUGGAGAUAUUAAAAAUUAGUAAAUGAAUGUGUGUAAGACCUAUUAGUAUUCAGAGAAUGAAACUUGUAUUUAUUUUGUGCCAUUUGUUUUCAUUACACAGAAUAAAAUCAGGUGGUUUAAAUCCUUAAAAGGGUAGUAUUUCAAAUAUGGCACUAAGAAUGAAAUCAUGACCUAUUUUUUUAAUAGCUAUGAAGAUACUCAAUUAUGGGUGAAGAUUUCUUUUUAAAUUUGUCUUGAUUGUAGGCUUUUGUGUCACAUACCACUCUUGUGUAGAUAUCUUGAAUAAUCCCUUCCCCACAAAAGACAGGGUGUAUUUAUCUCUCUUUAUUCACCCCCUACUUUGCUGAACUGAAGUUAAUUGCAUAGCUUUUCCUUUAAUCUCCUUAGUAAUGAACCUUAACAUAAAGUGUAUUUACAGCAUCUGUAGUAACCCUUCCUUCUCCUUUUUCUAUGAGGGGAUUAGCCAAUAGCAAAUUUUCUAGUGACAGCCUUUUCUCUCCUCAAAAAGAAAUGGCCAGAGAGUUUCUCUACAUUUUAGAAUUUUGCUGUCCUAAAUAAAUCUGCUUAUCUAGUCAUCACUCAGAAUCUGCAAAAACUUUUUUAUAAAGGAAAAAAAACCUGCUACAUUGUUUUCUCAAAUAAGUUUUUAGGAAAAAUAUGACAGACCUCAACCAUGGAAGUUGUCCAUAUUAUAAAAUGUGUUUUCACAAAUACAGCAUAGCAGCAGUAAUUUCUUUUUCUUUUUUUUUUUUUGGUACCAGGGAUCGAACUCCGGACCUUAGCAGCAGUAAUUUCAUAUUUGGUUGUUAGGGUUGUUGCUAGUCCACAUCAGAGACAUCUUAAUAAUUUUUCUUUUGUAAUCAUUGUGAGUUUAUACACACAAAGACAUUUAGUGAAAUUGUAUGCCAUAUACCAAAUCGUCACAGGCAAGGAAAUUAAAGGACUACUGACUUUUAAAUUCCACCAAAUUAGGAGAGAGUCAUUCUUGUAAAGCUUUCUCCAGAAAAGUAGGUUAAAUGUUGAACUUUUAAGGAUUGGGAGUAUAGUUAACCUAUGAAUCCUUAUGUAUGCUAACUGUAUAAUUGAUACAAUGUAGGGGAUAAGUACGUAUAGUGGGGCAAUAGUUUUUAUAAGGCCUAUUGAUGCUAUUCCAGUCAAAGUAGAUGCUGAUAGGAAAGUGUCUUAAUAGCUGUGUCCAAAACUUGAUUCUUUUAAAGAUUUGCUUAUCCCCUGACCCCAACCAGUAGUUAUUUGAAAGGAAGGGGCAGAGGACAAUACUAGAAGUAUAAAUAGCUGCUCUAAGUUUGCCACAGGCACAUAAGUCAACAUUAGUUCUUAAAAUUGAUGUCCUUUUUUGUUAAUUGACAGCAUCAGGAUUCGUUUAUGGUGAAAAAGAUGGGCUUCUGCUUUCAGUAUCUUAGAAUGUUCCUUUUUAAACAUUGGUCUGUUCAGAGUAAGAACCAGGACCACCACACUGGGUUGGUUUAAAAAAUGAGUCAUCGGCUCCACUCAAAAUCACUGCUUUACUGAGUUUUAGUUUUCACAGCUUUGCUGCUCAAGAAAGGUCUUAAAGUAGAAAGGAUGUCAGCAAUAGUAACAAAAGAAUUUUUGGUUGUCUCCAAAAUAAAACACCCCAUGAACCGCAAAUGGUACAUUGCUUUUGCAUUACUGGGAAUGUCAAAUGUGGUAGCAGGUAUGGGCUAGAAACUGGAACAGCCAUUCUCAACAUAUGAUGAGAUUGUUGAUUCAGACUUCCCUAUUCAUAAAAUUUUGUUAAGUCCAGAGUUUGAAAGCCAUUUUAUAAUACUGCAGUAUCCCUUUUCUACAGCCUUAUUAAAACUAUCUGCAAGUGUUUAUUUUCCAUCUCAAUUUUGCUUUCACUGUAUAUCAGAGUUGUACUCUACAGACCAACAAACCAAUUUGAGGUAAAUUAAAUAGCUUUCCACAUGCCCUUGUUUUCUCAGGUGCUAAUAUACAAAGGCUCCAAAAUGGAUACUGCUUUAGUAAUGUCUGCUUUAUUCUUAAAAUGCGUUAUUUCUUUUGCUAGAUGUAAAAGUUUGGUGUUAACAAAAGUUUUAAUAUGUAAAUAUGAAUGAAUGCCUUUUGUUUGCUUUUGUUUUGUCUAUUAGUCUUUUCAUUUAUCUGUAGAGGAGAAUACUUUCAUGAUCUUGAAUACAUUUCAUAUAUUGCAUUUUUAGAAUGAAAAUACAACUGUUUUCUGUCUUAGAUUAAUUCUGCUGCUGCUAUGAGAAACUGAAAAUCAAGAAUGUGAUGCACUUUUUACAUUACUAUAUAUCAUACAUAUACCGUAGGUUACUUUGAUACUUUUUCUGUAGCACAGCCACUAACAAAAGUGAGUGAAUUUUUAUAAUUCUCUGUGGGAGAGAAUCAGUAACAGAAACUAAUCCAUAGUUGGUAUUGGCCUAUGAAUGACAAUAACUUAGGAAAAUAAAAAUUCUGUUUAAUAUUACACUUUUUGGCCUUAAAAUGUCUUCUACUGCUGAAAAUAUAAAUCUUAGCUUUGUUUUUAUUGUUCCCUCUCUCUGCCUGAAAAAGAGAAAAUGGGAAGAGUGGCUUAAAGGAAGUAGUGUUGGUUUGUUGGUGAUCUUUUAGAAAACAAUUGUCUACUAUGUAAGCUGGGACUUACUUUUAUUUGUAUACAGAGGAGAAAUACUGUCCUGAACCAGCAAAUUUAGUUAAAUCAGUCAAAAUUCCCAACUAUUCUGUUUCUCUAAUAUAUUUUUACUUAGCAAGGGUAAACUGUGGAAGGAAUGCUACUUGACAAAAGGAAAAGUCAUUUCUCAAGCACAUACUCAGACUUGAAGGAGAUGGAACCUAAAAUAAUGGGGGAAAACACCAAAUGCGGUGGAGGAAUGUGAAAAGAUGUGUGGUCCAAAGCUAUCUGGUUAUAUUUUGAUGUUGCCAAUAUUGUAGAGCCAAAAUUUUUGAUUUGCUUAUUUAAUAUAUUUGUUGGCUAGAGAUCUAUUUUUAUAUCAAUGUGCCUUGCAUGUAUAUUUAAAAUUUUUGGAAAGGCCAUGUAGUAAUGCCUGAGACAGUUAAUGGUUCUUAACCACCUCACUAAUUUUUAUGCAGUAUGAAAUGCUCAUUCUAUUGCCCAACUGGUGCUCUCUGUUUAAAGUUACAGAUCUUGUCAAACUGGAACUAUUUUAUAAACUGGGGAAACUAUUUUGGUUGUUUCUUUUUCUUUUAUUAUUUUUAAAGUCUGUUAGUGGCUGUUUUGUAGUGGGAAAUAGUAAAAGGAUUCCUCACUUCUUUUCCUUCCCCCACCCUUAGCACCUUCACGUAAUGUGAUGACACCAUUUCUUGUGUGCUUUGAAAAAAAAAAUUCAGCUUGCUGUCUCCUUUAGUGUUAUAAAAAGUGUUAUUAAAAGCAUUGCUUCAAAAUAUAGGGAGAUAAUGGAGUCCUUGAUAAUUUGGGAUUCUGUGUGAGCUUUGAUCCAAGCUAUUGGCUCUUUUCAACUUUAAAAUUUUUAUUGUUAAAGCACCUUGCUUAGAAAAUUUUAAAUAUUUAUGUCUGCAACAAUUGUCUCAAAAUAAUAAACUGUGCAAUUCUUGUUAAUUAAAAAAAAAACUGAACUCUCCCUAAUGUGACUUGUUAGUUUCUCUGUAUUUCCUGCCAGUGUAAAUGUGAAAAGCUUUGCUUGCAUUACGUUUUAGAAAUGCAUUUUGCACACUCAAAUUUUGCCGAAGCUCCGUGAAAAGGUUAGACCUAAGUAGAUGAAUAAAGCUAUGCACAUGUUUUGAAAGUUUAAUUUGUGUGUCAUUACAAAAAGUGACCUAUCAUUAUUUUCUUGUUCUUAGCUUUACCAUCUUUGGAAACAUGGCUCAAAGUUACAGUUCUGGGCUAUUUUAUCAAUAGAACUAGAAGAAAACUGGCACCCAUUUUAAUAAAGUUCAGUUUAAAUGGGAGCUUGACUUGAAUCUAUUAAAGGGCUUUUCUUGAAAUGGGGCAGUUCUACCAGCUUUAUAAACCAUUGGAUGCUCUUUCUCAGUGACAUUUUGGCUUAUUUGAUGAAAAAGAAAUGGGAAGUAAUUCAAACAAAUGAAGGAAGGACCUUUGCUGCAUGGAGCUCUGACAGUUUUGUCAUAAGCUGGUUUAGAGAUAGGAUAGUCUUGUAUUGUUUGCUUUAUCAUAAAUUUGGUUUAUUGACUGAUUGGUCUGAGAUUAUAGUCAGUUUAAAGAUCAAAGCACAGAUUGUUUCAAAGAUAAUGUGUAUCUUUUAUAAAAAUUGCCCCAACUGAUUAAAAGUUUAGAAAUUAGGCACAUUUGAUUCGAACACUGCAGUUUGCAUGAAUAGCUAUUUCACAUAUAUGUGUGCUUAAGGUUGUAUACAUGUCCUAGCCAGGUCUUACAAAGUCAUCUUUUACAAGAUUUUUCUGUAAUCUCAGGACCUUUGUAGAAGAGGCUAAAAGUUUUAAGUAGAAGAUACUACUAAUAGUGUUUUCCCCAUACUCCUAGAUAUAAAAGAAAUCCUGUUUUAGAUCUUUUCCUGUGUAUAGAAGAGGGUGACUCAUCAAGCCACUGCACUUGAUAAUUGUUAACUUUGAAAACUCAGCAAAACCCUCCUUCUGUUUGUAUCUUCAGUGAUAAUGGCAAUUAGUAUACUAGUGAAGAUUUGAAAUAUGGCAUUAAAAGAAAUGAAGGAGGUGCAGUAAGCAUCUUAGAUGGCUUUGGCUACUUUUCAGCAUUUGUCAGUCAUUCACUUAUGUUCAGUCUUAGAGGAGCAAAGUGAUUUUUUUUUUUUUUUUGGUACCAGGGAUCAAAGGGACCUUGCGCUUGUGAGGCAGGCUCCGAAACCACUGAGCUAAAUCCCCAGCCCGCAAAGUGAUUUUUGAUGUGCAUAGGCACUUAGGAGGUGAGUUACCUUUUAAUUUGGGGGAAAGGGUAAUUAGUUGAUUAUAGUUACAUUACAUAUUUUCCCUUCCUCUCAAAAUUUUUUUUUCAAUGUUUGUUUUGCCCAGCAAAAAAAGAUAGGUCUUUAGAUAUAAGAGCAGUGACCAGAAAUUUACCCCUUUGCUUAAAUGCUUAGGUGUUUGCUAUAGCUGUUUCAGAUGUCAUGGAUUCUGAGGAAGUGUCACAUAAUGAUCUUCCUUUACUGAUGUCUUAAAUGUUCAGCGUUUUAAAAAUAAAAAUUACACUUUACAACCAUACUCAGAUUUACUUAUUUUAUCAGAAUAAAAAACCCAAGAGAUUUGUAGAUCAAAUUGAGACAAGUGUACACUGUUGAAUAAAAAAUUUUGAAGUUUCUGA